AUGAUAUCAUAUAGUCAAUAAACAGGAUUAGGAAACUUGGGUAACACAUGUUUUAUGAACAGUGCCAUUCAAAUCUUAAGCAAUACUCCUGGAUUUGCAGAUUACAUUUUAAAUGAUAUUUAUUAAUUUGAUAUAAACUUAAUAAACCCAUUAGGAAGUAGUGGUGAGAUUAUUUAAAGCUUUGCAGCUCUUAUCAAAGAAUUAAAAUGCAGAAAAUAACCAUACAUCAUUCCAAAUUCAUUUAAAAAAACAUUCUCCAAAUUUUAUAAUAUUUAUCAUGGGAAUGAGUAACACGACUCGGCAGAAUUUUUAUUGUAAUUGCUUGAUGCAAUAAACGAGGAUGUAAACUAAAUUAAAAAAAAACCUUAUUUGGUCGUACCUUCAAGUUAAGGGAGAGAAGAUUUGGUUGUUGCAAUUGAGUCUUGGGAUAUUCAUAGUCAAAGAAACUAAUCAAUUGUUACUUAAUUAUUUUAAGCAUAAUUUAAAAGCAAAAUUGAAUGUCCGAAUUGCAAAAAUAUGUCCAUAACUUUCGAUCCAUAUAUGAUGAUCCAGCUACCUUUGGGUAAUAAGAAAUGUGAAAAAGGCAUUGUCUAUUAUUUAUUGGAUGAUAAUUAUAGAUAAUAGUAAAUGACUCUCUCUGUCUAUAAAAAUUAUAACUUUGAAUGGAUUUAAAAUGAAAUUAAAAUUUAACUAAGAACUUAAGAUUUAGUUUUCAAUUUAUCAAACCAAGAAAGAAAUUUUGAAAUUCAACCUGAAGAUGAUAUUCAAUAUUUAAAAUAAUUGCUUUUACAUUCGAAAUUACUUGUUCGACGUUUGCAUUUUUAAGAAAUCUAAAUCCCGUAAAAUUAUAGAUGUUAUACCCUUGUAACACACACGAACCCUGAAUUUUAAAUUUUGACUGAAAUAAUAACAACCAUUUUUGAUUUCAGAACAAAGAUCUUUGAGAUUUAUGAUUUUAUUGAAAAAAAUUUUGCUCAAUAAUUUCAAUGCUAAUUUGACUUAUUCUUAGAAUCAAAUUCUUAAGAUUCAGAAUAGCAAUGCUAUUUUUGUCAUAAAUAAUAUUGCAAGUUCUGUGAAUUGAAGAAAUGUUAACACAGUAUAAAAUAUUACAAUAAUUGCAUCUCCCAACCUAAUUUUCAAUUGAAUAUCAUUGUCAAAUGGUAUGGCUAAGGAAUUCCAACCAUGUUUAAUACAGAGUCUCAAAUUUUAAUGUUGUAAGAUAAAAAUGAUUAAUUAUCAAUUAAUAAAUCAUUAUUAACAAUUUAUGAUUGCUUAUACUUUUAUUAGCAACAAUAAUAAUUAGAUGAAAAUAAUUCAUGGUACUGCAAUUAAUGCAACUAACAUGUCAAAGGAAUCAAAUAACUAUUAUUAUAUUCUACACCUCAAAUUUUGAUCAUUUAACUCAAAAGAUUUAAAUCAUCAAAUGAUAUGACUUAAAAAAUAAAAAACAAUAUAUUUGUAAAGUUUCCACAUGUUCUUAAUAUGUCUAAAUAUGUUACAAAUUUAAAGCUACCAAACGACUAUUUAAAUGGAAAUAACACAAAUGAAUUGAAAUAUAAACUAUUUGGAGUAAUUAACCAUUAUGGAGAGCUUUAUGAAGGCCAUUAUAAUACAUUCAUUAAGAAUUUAGAAGAUCAGAAAUGGUAUUGUUAUGAUGAUUCUCAAGUCACUGAAAUUCAUUUGUAAGAUAUCAUUACUGAGCAUGCUUAUGUAUUAUGUUAUGAAAGAUAAAAUUGA